AUGACAUUCAGGCUUGUUAUGCUGGGUCUCUGUGUUUCAGGCCAGGUGAUACAGGAGAACCCUGAUAUCUACAACAGCUGCGCUGAAGGUUACUUUCUUUUCAGACACCAGUGUCGCAGGCAUUGCCCCCAGAGCACCUAUGAAGACUUGGGCAGGGGUGUGUGUCUCUCCUGUCCAGCACCAUGCACAGAUUGCAGGAGUAACACACUCUGCCUUGCCUGUCAGCCCGGUUACUUCCUCAAUGGAGGUGAUUGUGUUAAACAGUGCCCACAGCAAACCUUCAGUGACUCCAGUGGGUGGCGAUGUCAGACCUGCCACAGCUCAUGCCAGACAUGCCACGGACCUCAUUCAACAGACUGUGAUGUUUGUCUUGGUGGAAACCCUCCUCUACAUGGCCAGUGCCCUCUGCUCAACUGCCCACUGGGACAGUACUUUGAUGGUAAAUAUGGUGAAUGUCACGCCUGUGAUUCAUCCUGUAAGACCUGCUUUGGCCCCCAAGCACUGGAUUGUUCUUCUUGUUUCAAAGGAUACUUCCUGGACCAGGACAGUUCUUGUGUAGUGAAAUGUACAUCUGGCUCCUACGCAAACUCUGCCACUCAGUUGUGUGAGGACUGCUCGCCAAACUGUGACACCUGCAUGGACACGAGUGAUAACUGCAUCAGCUGUUCAAAAAGCAGCUAUAAACUUUUUCUCCACCAGGGGCGGUGUUGGUCGAAUUGCCCAGAAGGUUUCUUUGAGACAGCAGAGGGGUCAUGUGAAGCCUGUGAUAGCUCCUGUCUGACAUGUGAUGGCACCAAGUCUCAGUGUCUAUCCUGUGCUAAUGGCCACUACCUAGAGAGUGGUAUGUGUAGACUCAACUGUUCACUGCGGACAUACCCUGCAGAUGAUGGUACCUGCAGACGCUGCCCUCCCCACUGUGACGUUUGCUCAGAUGACAGGACCUGUUUCAGUACUCCCUCUGAAGUCACCCAGAAACAGCUAAUGGAGCGGGCUGCUGCAGCUCCAGGACCAUAA